AUGGGUUCAAAAAUUUGUUUAUCCCAUCAUCAAGGAUUUCUGGAGCAGAAAUGGCAGCACUUUGCACACUUUGAUAGUCCUUCUUUACCCCGUACGGUUACUGAUAUUUUCUCGGGCAAUGUGUGUUUCAAAGCAUGUAGUAUGGAAGAUAUCCAAUUAGCGGCUCAGAGAGCUGGUGAACUAUUCGUAACUGUGCGAUACUGUAUUAUUACAUUAACCAUAUUCGUUAUUAUUUGUAUGAUUUUACUCUCCGUGGCACUCGCUUGGUAUCUAUUCAAGACAACGCUAGUUUUUGAUAGACGUUCUGAACUAUCUAUCGAAUCUACAUUCAAUGGAAUAUCCAUGUCCAGUAGUCGUUAUCAGAAAACUGGACCACCAACUCAAACGAAAGAAAGUCUCAGAAACUGA